AGAUAAGCAGCCACUUUUCUCUUGUGAUGGCGGUGGACGAAAUGCAGCUCGCUGCAUCAAUGCAAAUGAGCAAUCAAAUGAGCAAUUCACAACGAAUGAGCUUCGCAAUUCAUGAGAUUCUAGGCAUUCAGGGAAAUGCAUAUCUAUCUCACGGAUAUUGUCCUCAGGGAACAUUUCUCUCAAAUCAACCCAAUUUCAUGGACAUUGGAUCCUGUGGAGUAUCAGGGUUCGACAGACAGCUGUGUGGUACUGACUCUAUUGGAAAUGCACCUGCUCCACUGAUGUAUCGAAUGCCAAUCUCAACAUCAGAGGUUAUAACUUCGGAGCCCCAGACUCAUGUCAGCUCAUCAAGCAUCUUAUCAUCAGCAACUACAUCAAAUUCUUCUGGUGGUGGAAGCAGUGGUGGUGGUGGAAAGGCAAGCAAGAGAAAGAAGAGAAGACAUCGCACAAUUUUCACUCAAUACCAGAUCGACGAACUCGAGAAGGCUUUUCAAGAUUCUCAUUACCCAGACAUCUAUGCCAGAGAAGUCCUAGCUGGAAAGACAGAAUUGCAAGAAGAUCGGAUUCAGGUAUGGUUCCAAAACCGUCGUGCAAAAUGGCGAAAAACCGAGAAAACCUGGGGAAAAAGUACCAUAAUGGCAGAAUAUGGGCUAUAUGGAGCAAUGGUACGGCAUUCUCUUCCACUUCCGGAAACAAUUACAAAGUCAGCUGAGGCGGCGGAUCCACAACAAAGUGCUGCUCCGUGGUUGUUAGGAAUGCACAAGAAAAGUAUGGAAGCUGCGGCUCACUUGGAGAGUGUUGAAAAAUGUGAUAUGUCGGAUAGUGAUGAUGAUGACCGUCCGGUAACUCCUCCAGUGCAACGUCAAGUGAAAAACGAGUACAAACCACGAAUAAUUGAGCAUGUUCAACAACAAGCUCCCCAACAUCAGUCAUCAUUGAAUUUCGAUACUUCACUUGUUGUCAGUUCCUCACUUUCACAAUUACAUUUUCAGGAUUCUCAAAUGAUUCCGAACAAUAAUGCUUCAUUGAAGCUUUAUCAUGAUUACAAUAAUCCCAUGUAACUCUAUUUUUCCGUGAAUUUCAAUGUCAAUAACUAUUACCUAAAUAAUAAAUUAAUCUGCUAAUAA